CAGGGUGGCACUGUGGGACACCAAAAAGCAAAGGGAUAGUUGCUUUUUCCCUGCCUGCAUGUGUAGGGCUGCUGUUCCACCUUCCCAUUGGAAUAUUGCUGGUGCCUCCAAAGUGCAGGAGGGCUGGAUGUCACCUGCUGCUUUAUGGUGUCUGCACCCAGGGCCGUUCCCUCCCUCAGCACAGCUUUGGUGGAGCUGCAUGACGGAUGUUGUGGAGCUCCAGGGAAAGGUUUCCAAACCGGAUCUUUGUCCAUAAAUGAUAAACUCAGCAGAUUUUCCCUUGUUAAGGGUGAGUGGAGGCUGAAGGUUGGUCUGAAUUUGCCCCAGGCCACAAGUGGGGCUGUUGGAUCCUCUGCCACAUCCCAGCCACCGUGUUUAUCUGAGCUUUGUGCCUCGCUGGGGAUUGGUUGGAUCGCUGCCAAAUCCAAAGGGCGCCUGGCACGGAGGGCUGGGCUUUGGAAAAAGGGGCCAGUGGGAAUCACACACAGCAGAGCCAGGCAGCCCCGAAAGGGCCAGGACAGAGCCAGGGCAGGGGAGGAUGUUGGAGAAAAUGAAUAUUUAAUCACCAGCCCCCCGUCCUAAGUUACCUCCCAGCCUGCAAGUCCCUGGCCAGAGCCUGGGAGCGAUGCCAGGGGGCGGGAGGUGGGUGAAUGCUGCUCCUGUGGAAGCGUGGGAAAGGAUUGGCAGCUCCACUCAUGUGUGUCUCCUUUUGUCUUCCAGCAGAGCCGAGGCCCUCUCUUCAGAUGAAAAAGAGGUGACAUCCAGUGGCACAGAGGGAGAGGGAGAGGGCUCCACCGAGGAGCACCUGACAGGAGAGGCCAGUUCGGAAAGCAGCUCCAGCAGCAGCUCAGAGGAGGAGUCAGAUGAAGAACAGGAGGAGAAGGAAUCUCCACCAAGCUGCAAUGAAUCAGGAGAGAACUGCCUGCCACCCUGUGAGCAUUGCAGAAAUGAAAAUGACCAGAAGGAGGAAGUGACCCCAAGGAGACUUGCUGGAGGACAAUUUGUGCUGCAGCUGGACGCAGAGGGGACCUACCAGUGCAGCCUCACGGGCUUGAUCUUCGAGGUGACGGGCUGUGUGAAGAUCACCUACUCCCUGUUGUCCUGGAGCAAGUACGCCAGCCUGGUGGCGAAGCCGUGGAUCGUGGGCGGGCCCCUCUUCGACGUGCGCUGCGACUCGGCCCCCGCCCUCACCUCCAUCCAGUUCCCGCACUCCCUGUGCCUCGGGGAUCAUGGUGCCGGAAUGGCCUUCAAGGUGCUGCACGUCAAGGGCGAGGGCGCGGCCAUCGAGCCCUCGGCCGCCUACUCGGCCUCGCACGUGAGGUGGGUGGUGAGCUCCCUGUCGCCCGUGGGGCCCCUCAUCCAGAGCCAGGAGCCUGUGCAGUACCACGGGGCUGUCAUCCUCUACAAAGCCGUGGAUGAACAUCCCUCCCUGUCCUUCCGGGUCUACGUGGCCACAAACAACGACUCCUUCAUAAAGGACAUCUCAAAAGCUGUCAAACAUUCAAAUAAGAAAUUUGUUAAGAUUGACAAGCCCCCUGUGUGCCAAAAAUUACUGCAGAAUGGAAAGAGGUACAGAUUGGUUUGUGAGCCAGAAGCUGAAAUAACUCCUGAGGAAAUUGAAUUUGUUGAUGGAUCACUCUUGAAACUGAAGAGUUACAUUGAAGUGUAUGUGGAGAAACCUGAUGAGUUCACCUUGUCUCUGGUUGAGCUGGACUCUGAUGCAACUGUCUGGAAAGCAAAACUCCGAGAACGGGACUGGAUCCAUUAUGAUCAGAACAAAAAUGAGCAGAAGAGAAGCACAGGCAGUGUCAAAAAAAGGAAACCAGCCCUCAGCAUUUUGGAAGAAGGGGGACUUUGUAGCAAAAAGCAAAAGACUGGUGGCACUGCAGAUGGAAUUGGAACAAAAAUCCUGACGGACCAGCAGCUGAUGGCGGUCGCAAAGCAGUUGGGGCGGCAGUGGAAGGAAAUCGCCAUCGAGUGCCUCGAGAUGGAGAUGAAGGACAUCGAGGAGAUCCAGGGCAUGGAGGACGAAGUCAACAUGCAAAAAUUCCUGGUGCUGAGGAAGUGGAGGGACAGGCAACAAAGCAAUGGCACUGCAGAAGCUCUGCAGAGGAGUCUGGGUGACAAAGGAUCCUAUGAGCUGGAGCUAAUGCUGCAAGGUUUCUCAGCUCAGUGCUGAGCUGGAAGGACCUGCAGUGGGAGCUGCCCCAUCCAGCCAUUCCGCUCCUCUGGGAUCUCGCUGGGAUUCAGGAAGGAGGAUGCGAAGCAUCAUCACUCAGAGGAAAGGUUGGGCUGGAUCUUCUCAAGGAAUGUGAAUGAAAUUUUGGAUAUAAACCACUUCCAAGACUUCCAGGAGCUGUGGAUCCCGAUAUCUCCGGGCUUCACCCGCAGGGAAUGCCACCACUGCCGCCUCCUUUGAGCCUCCCCUAAAAGAUGGGAACACUGGAAGAAACCAGGUUGAGUUGUUCGCUCCAGGAUCGCUACCUGGAAAAGAUUUUCAUUUACAUCAGGGAAAAACAGGGAGAAAAGUUACACAGGACCUUUCAUCCCCUCAAAAACCCCUACUGAAGUGCCCGAAGCGGGAGGUACAUUGGAUUUCUCAUGGAUGUCCAAAAUCAGGGAAGGAUAAUCCUAAACUUGCAGACAAAUUCCUUUGCAUAAUCACUGUGUAUAUAUAAUUCCUGUAUAUACUCCUGUACAUUCAGUCCUUGUUAAGCUGUGGUUCUCUUCUCUAAAAACCCCAAAGACUGAUUUUGCAGAAGCACCACUAUGUACUCCAGGCAGCUUGGAAUUUUCCCUGGGAAUUUCUUUGCUACUCUUCUCUGUAUAGUCUGUAUUUUUAUGAGACAGGUUUUUUUUUUUACGUUGUAUAAUUUGUUUUUUAUAUGAGAAACUUUUUCUACUUUUUACUUGAUUCGUUUUAACUCGAAUUAGGUGCUUAAACUACCAUGGGAGGAGCCAGAAUCCCUGGGAAGGCCCCCCACGUGCUACAGAAUUGGAAAAGAUUUGGGAAUAAUGUGAUUUGCAGAACGAGAGCGGUGACCUGAUCCAGGAUUGUCUGAUUUUUAAGGACGUGGGAUGCUUGGGAUCACCUUCCUCUGAGUGUGUUCAUGAAAGAAAAAAGCAAACUUAAAAAAAAAAUAAGGAUUAAAGGGGAACCAUUGACACUA